ACAAAACUUGAUGGCCGUAUGAGGCUAGGUUUAGCGGUUUUGUAGGUGUCACAGGAGCAGCCGGACUGGAAUUUGAUUGAGUGCGGGCCUACAUGAUUUGUGCAUCGGAACUACGCGAGAAAGGUGUCCCAGAACCAAGAAAGUGUCCGCUGUGUCGUGCGGAAGAAGCGGUCCAGUGCAAACAAGGCGUGGCAGAGUGUGGCAUGCACUGACCCAGCGGCGGCGGCAGGAUGUCUGGCCUGGAGCAGUUCCUGCCCCAGCUGGGCAGCCAGGACAACAAGAAGCGGCUGCAGCUGGGCCUGACCAUGCUCUCCUUCCUCGAGGAGAACCCGGACCUGCAGCUGGACUGCGAGGAGGUCGGACCCCUCGUAGACCCCCUCGUCGCCUGGCUCAACAGCUCAAACUCCAAGGUCGCCCAAAAUGGCCUUGAGAUUUUAUCUCUCCUGGCGGAGAAGUUGAAGGAGGACUUCCGUCCAUACAUCUCCACAGUGAUUCCUGCUGCUGUUGACAGGAUGGGGGACAGCAAAGACUCGGUUCGAGAGCACGCAAAGAACUUCACGAUGAAACUGAUGGCAGCAUCGUCACCGCAGUGCAUAUUAGAAAAGAUGAUGCCAGCAUUUAGCCACAAGAACUUCAGAAUUCGUGAGGAAGUCCUCCUUUGCCUCCAGGAGACUGUCUCAACGUUUGGCACCCAGGGCCUCUCAUUAAUCAAGUUCAUGCCCCUCAUUGCUAAGCUGUUGGGUGAUCCAAACUCUCAGGUCCGUGACACGGCUUUCCAAACGCUGGUCUGCAUCUACAUGCACGUUGGAGAAAAGGUGCGGAUGGACCUAGGGAAGAAGUACGACAUCCCAGCAGCCAAACUCCAAGCCCUGUUUACCAAAUUCGAUGAAAUAAGAAACACUGGACAGCUGCUGCCAACUGCCUCUCUGGAAAUUGCCCAUCGAGGUGACGAUGAGGUGGACAGGGCCCUGCAUUCCGAAGUCAAUGACUCGGAAGUGGGUCUUGGCAAGGCAUCCAAGAGGGCGAGCAGUGCUCCUCCGAACCGACGGGCGGUGCUGUCGGCGUCCAAAGCCACCCCCCUGACCAGUGCCAUGCCCUCCACUCUGGCACGCAAGCACAGCUUGAAAGGUACCUCUGCAGUAAAACCGAGCCUUUCAGCAAAUGCAGGUGCGGCCGAUGUGGAGAUGUUUGUCCGGAUGUUUGAAGACGUGCCACGUGUGCAGGUGUACUCUGCAAAGGAGCUAGAACAAGAGCUUACAAAGCUCAGGCAGGUACUCUCUGAGUCCAGCACCGACUGGGAACGGAGAGUUGACGGGCUGCGGCAUUUGCGAAGCCUCCUCAUAGCCGGUGCAGCAGACUAUGAGGAGUUGUUUGUCCACCUCAAGCUCCUAGAGCCAUCCUUCCAGGCCUUGGUCAGGGAUCUACGGUCACAAGUUGUCAGGGAGGCCUGCAUCACAAUAGCCUACUUAUCGCAGCAGCUGGGCCAAAAGCUGGAUCGCUUUUCGGAAGCAGUGCUUCCAUCGCUUAUUAACCUUAUUCCAAACAGUGCCAAGAUUAUGUCCACGUCUGGUAUCGUUACAGUCCGUUUCAUUAUAGAGCACACACAUGCAAGCCGUUUAAUACCGGUCAUCACAUUGAACUUAAGCUCCAAAUCAAAGGAAAUCAGAAAGCUCUGCUUUGAGUUUCUGGACCAACUGUUGCACACAUGGCCCACCCAUACCUUGGAGAGGCACAUUGCCAUCCUGCAGGAAGCCAUCAAGAAGGGGAUCAGCGACGCUGACCCAGAGGCACGGGCCUAUGCACGCAAGGCGUUCUGGGGCUUUGCGAACCACUUCAAGGAGCAGGCGGACGUGCUGCUCAACUCCCUGGACAGCAGCAAGCAACGCAUGCUGCAUGGGGAGCUGUGCAUGAGCAACUCCUCCAGCAGCAACUCCAUCAACUCCACUCCGGGGAGGCCCCUCAAGCACUCGGUGUCCAGCCACGGCUCCAUGGAGAACCUCAGGCCCGGCAGUGGCGUCUCCACUUUGGGACGUCGGUCUGGAGUGCCCGUCUACAACAAUGCCAGGAGCGCCUCGGUUCGUUCCAAUAGCGCCAUUGACUUGGGGGCGGCUCGGAGGGCUCGACUGCGUGCCGGUUUCUCGGUGCAGAACAGAGGUGCCGGAGCGUCCUUGCCCCGCCCUGGAACGAAGCGGGCGGACAGCGUAUCUAGCAACAUGGCUUCGCCAGAACGGAUCAGUCGAAGUCGGACCAAGGGUGUUUCCCAGUCGCAACCAAGCAGCAGGUCCGGGUCGCCGUCGUCUCGGCUCAGCUACGCCACGUACCAGAGCCACGUGGACGGGGGAGGCCGGGUGCGCCGCAAGUCUGGCAUCCCGACCCCUGUGGGCACCAGCCGGGAAUCCAGCCCCACCAGGCUCAUGACGCCCGGCGCAUCCCCCGCCACGGGCAUGGGAAUGUACGAGCGCAGGCUGAGCACAGGUUCCAGGCGCCCUUUCACUGGAGCUGGAGAGCGCUACCACCCCACCACCAUCACCUCUCCCACUCCCCUGAUGGCCCAGAAGAUACUGCAGCAAAGCAAGGAGGCUGAGGUCGCAGUUGCAAAUGCCUUAGUUUCCUUGGACUUCCCCCAAAGGAAGCAUCGCUACAAUGCUUUCGACGACCAGUCGGAUGAAAGCGAGACCUCCAGCGUUUGCUCGGACCGCUCCUACGGCUCCUACAGCCGCGGAAACUACGAGCACCCCUGGGUGCGUACGCAGGACGUGCCGAGCAUCCUGAAGCACCUGGCGAGCAUCCACUGGUCGGACCGCAAGGAGGGACUACUGGGCCUGCUGUCAGUGCUGCGGUCGGGACGCACCUUGUCCGCCCCCGAGCUCAAGAAGGUCACCGACAUGUUCGCCAAGAUGUUCAUGGACCCCCACACCAAGGUCUUCACGCUGUUCCUGGAGACAUUGAGCGAGCUGAUUCAGGUGCACUGUGGCGACCUGCACGGCUGGCUGUACACGCUGCUGACACGCCUCUUCAUCAAGACCGGCACGGACCUCCUCAGCUCGCUGCAGACCAAGAUACAGAGGAUUCUCGCUUUGAUCCGGGACUCCUUCUAUCCCUCGGAGCAAUUCCGGUCAGUUGCAAGAUACAUCACUGACCCGACCCAAACGCCAAACAUCAAGGUUAAAAUCACUGUGUUGCGCUACCUGAUGUCUCUGCUACAAGCCAUGGAGCCCAGUGACAUGUUGAGUGAUACGCCCGAGACUCAGUCCAUGGUUGCCAAGAUCUUCUCGUGGACCCGCGACCAGAAGAGUGCAGAGCUCCGCAAACAUUCCCAAGAUGUCAUUGUCUCCAUCUUCAAGUUAAGACCAGGUGACCUGAAUCUCCUCCUCAGCAGGCUUGAACCGGAGAACCAGAGCCUGGCAGUGAGCCUGAUCCAGUCGUGCGUGCGGGGGCGGAACGAGGACAGUGAGCUGCGGAUCCCCAGCCCCACCACGGCCCACCUGCAGUCCCCUCUGGGACUGGGUUCCAGGAGCCGCAGCCGGUCGAACACUCCACUGCAGCGCUCUCUCGAGGAGGAAGAGGAAGACAACACUGAGAACCUGAACCCCGAGGAACGCUACAACUCGGAGCUGCGGCGCACCACGGCGCAGAUCCACGGCCUGAACCUGGAUUCUGGGCGGGGGAUGAGCUUUGAGGAGAGGCGGGAGGUGGCCCCCGCCGCCCUCUCCAUGCUGCCCCCGCUAGGGGGGGGCACCCACCGGCAGAGGCUGGCCCCCCAGAACUGGGAGGAGGAGCGCCUGGCCCCCCUGCAGCGCCUGGUCAGCAGCCGGGAAGCCUCGCCUGUCAAGCGUAUGGGCUCCUGGGAAUACGAUGGAGAUAUGAAUCUUCAUCGCAUUCGGAGAACGUCGCUUGACGGAGGUGUCAGCAAAACAGAACAAGACACACUCGGCAACAUUUUCGCCAUCCUUCAGAAUCCUAACAGCCGGACGGAACACCGCAAGCAGGCCAUCUCCGAGCUGAUGCCACUCACCAAGGACGGUUCUCCGGAGCUGUGGGAUGAAAACUUCCGCAAUGUGCUCAGGUGCCUUGUGGAAAACUUGGAGGACCAUGUGGCACCUGUGAAGGUGGCAGCUCUGCGGGCCCUGGCAGAGCUUCUAAAGAGGCAGCCACAGCACUUCCACAGUUAUGCUGAGCUCACACUCAUCAAGAUUUUUGGCGCUUUCAAGCACCCCGAAAGAGAAGUGUGCCGGGCAGCAGAGGCGUGCUCCAUGGAGGCGGCUGCGGCUCUGCCUCCCGAGCAGAGCGUGCGCCUGCUGCACUCCCUCAUCGGGGAGUCCGACGAGGACGACGUGGUCAUUGCGGCCAUCAAGGUCAUGUCCAGGCUGGUGGAAGUUCAUCCCAAAAGGAUCAUCGUGGAGCUGCUUCCCCAAAUGAUGCCUGUGCUUUUGAAAGCGUACGACCACAGCGAGAGCUCUGUGCGAAAGGCGGCCGUAUUCUGCAUGGUGACCCUGCAUGGGGUGGUAGGGUCCGAGUCGAUGAAGCCACACUUGGCAUCCCUUACGGGGUGCAAGUUGAAGCUCCUGAACUUGUACAUCCAAAGAUCGCAGGGCAGCGGCAGUACUCCGGGCUCACCAUCAAAUACUGCCUCCUCCUCCAGCAAUCCGUAACCCCGCACUCCGUCUGUGUGCAAGAUAGUGGAACAUUGCCGUCGUCGUCCUUUCCGAAAUUUUUGUUUUAACAGCGGCAGAAGCGUGUUUGUUUUUUGUUUUUUUUUUUGUCCAAAUUGCCGCGGGUACCCCCUUUUUCUGCAGGGACCUGAAACGCGCGGUGCUGGAACCAGCGUGCCACCGGGCGUGGCGCUGUUUCGAACGCCACUUUGUUGUUCUUCCCAUAUUCCUCCAGGCGAGCCACAUGUGGCGCAGUUUCGUUGCCCUCCUCUCUUUAUUUGGUUUCUCGCAAGAUGCGAGAAGGUGGACAGUACUUCGCAUGAUGCAUAAUUACCUACAGCUGUUGCGUCGUAGCAAGUGCCAGUAAUCUAGAUGCCCCGCCUGUGGCAAGCUUCCCAGGGCCAAGCGUCCGCACGACGAGUGCAGGAAGCGACAGCUUCUGCCGUUUGCAGUCGGCGUGCUCUUACUAAUGGCUAGAGCGACAACAAGUGUCCGAGUCUUUCUCCUCUUUUCUUCCUAGCCUUUCUCUAAACUUCUCUUGAGUUGAGGAAUGAAAGCAUUGCUUUGACUGUGUGACUGUGGAGAGUUUUGUACGGCGUGACUUAGUUGUGGCAUGAAAUCCGAGGCCUAUAUUUUACGACACUAGGGUGCUGCCUUCUUUACAUUUCUUUUCUUUGUGUAUGUACAGUCAAAUUCUGACAGGGAGAGCCUAAUUGGAGAGGCGUUAAAACAUGUUAGCAAUUAACCCGGUACUUUAGCGGUGUAUUUUAGGGUUUAGCACAUUGACUCGCAGUUCAGUAGGAGGAAUAACAUUUGGCAUGAAUUGUCUUGUAUCGCUGCUGGCAGUAAAACAAAUUGUGCACCGAGGCAUGCAGCCCUUUCGGGAUUAUUUAUAUUGUAGUGAAAAUGUUUCGCCAUUUUUCCUUCGUUGGAAUUCAUUUUGCGACGUUCCUUUUGCGAAGAUAUUACUUGUAUAGUGUACAUUCCCAUGCACGCAAACUUAAUGCUUCAGUUUCAUUACUCCGCACUACUGGGUCAGCAAAAUGUGUUCUCCCUUCUCGAGACCUUCAUGCUUCGUUUUCUUUUAAUUCUGGAAUGGCAUGCGAGACGGAAGAAUAAACAUUUUUACCAUCUUGG